AUGGCUGAAUAUCAGGGGAUGCUGGACUCCUUCUCUCUUUACUUGGCCAGAGCCCACAGAUGCCUCUUAGAAACAAGAGUGCUGAGGAAGGAAAAUUCCCCUUGUGUGUUAUGUAGAAAGGUGCCAGCGUGGGCCCAGGGAGGUGGUCCUGGCAUUCUCUUGUGGCAGGUGCAGUGUGGCAUCCUCACAGCCUUUGCCAUCAGCCAGGACUUCACCUUAGCCCUGCUCAUGCCCCGUCCCGUGUGGGGUAUUGAUUGUGUUUCAGUUUCAAAGCAUGUCUGGCUUUGUUUCUCUCUCCAGGUCAAGCUUUACAAAAGUGAAAGCCUCGACAAUCCAAUCCAGACAGUUUCCCUUGGCCAGUCCCUGUUCUUCCAUUUCCCCCCGCUGCUCAGAGAUGGCGAGAACUAUGUUGUGCUUCUGGACUCCACGCUCCCCAGAUCCCAGUAUGACUACAUCUUGCCUCAAGUUUCUUUCACCGCAGUGGGCUACCAUAAACACAUCACCUUGAUUUUUAAUCCCACGAGGAAGCUGCCUGAACAGGACAUCGCACAAGGAUCCUACAUUGCCCUGCCAUUGACGCUGCUGGUUCUGCUGGCCGGUUACAACCAUGACAAGCUCAUUCCUUUGCUGCUGCAGUUGACAAGCCGGCUACAGGGAGUCCGCGCACUCGGCCAGGCAGCCUCUGACAACAGCGGCCCAGAAGAUGCAAAGAGACAAGCCAAGAAACAGAAGACAAGGCGGACGUGAGGAGGAACGGGACAGUGGCAGUCUCACCUGGGACAGGCCACAGCCAGGGGUCCAGUCACCACCCGCCCGUGGGAUAAGAGCCAAAAGCAUGCGUCAGCUAACUUCAGCCUGUGCUGCUGGGCCCGCACCCCAUGUCCCUUGUCACUGUGGCAUCCUGCACCCAUCCUCACCCCUCCGUAGAGCCCCUCGUGCAAUGCAAUGAAUGGACCCUCCUGUCAUUCUGCUGAACAGAAUUUAUUUUCUGAGUCAAAUAUAAUUUAUUAUUAUUUCUGUCAAAGAAGUAUUUAAGCUGUGCUGUGGUGUGAGAAUGUCAUUCUCGAUCUUCAGCCUUCGUUUGCAAGAAGAGUUCCAGUUGACGUGGUGUUUGUUUCCAUGGUGGGGUACCCUAGGGAUUCAUCUGUUUUCUUUACUUCCCUUUGCAUCUGAGAUCCUGCUGGAAACCACAGCAACCUGUAUCCACUAUUAGGAGGUAAAAAUCAAUAAAAUGGCCCAUUCAUUUGUGUUGUAGCUCA